AUGAUUUUAAUACCUCUAUUUUUUUAUAUUUUUUUAAAUUACAUAAAAUGUGACAUCCCUGUUCAUUGCGUGAGUAGAGAUGUGGAAGGUUUGUGGGAAAUUAAAUUGGGAUUAUUAAAAAAUAAGCAGUUCGAAAGGAAAGACAAUGAAUAUUCAAAAAUAGGAAAUGUGUUAGACAAAAAUUAUUAUGAUUAUGAGUGUGGAUAUAGGAGACCGGACGAUUCGGAGUAUCAUGAUGCACUUGACCCAGAAAUUGUAAAACAACGAUUUGAAAUUAAAGAUAAAAAAAUUAUUGCAUUUAACAAAGACAGAACUAUUAACAUUAUUGAAAAUGGUGAAAUUUCUCCUGAGUAUAGUGGAUACUGGAGAAUUGUAUAUGACGAAGGGUUAUAUAUUGAGAUAUACGAUUCUAAAAAUAAAAAUAAAGAAAUAUAUUUUUCCUUUUUUAAAUUUGUAAAAAACGGUGAAGUUUCUUACAGUUAUUGCAACAACCUGGUUAUGGGAGUCGUUAAUAUGUAUCAAUUGAAUGGCAAUGCCGAUAUUGUUAAAAAUGAUACGAAUAUAGUAGAUAAUAGUGAACCAAACAAUCGUAACGAUGAGAAAACAAAUAAUAACAUACCGGAAAAGGAAUCAGAGGGAAAAAAUGGCAUAUUUAGGUAUGCAUAUUCUUUAUAUGGGGGAUUAAAAAAUGGCUAUUUAAAUAUAUUAAAUAAAACGAUUGAACUGAAGGAGAAUAAAAACGCAGUUUUAAAUGAUGUUAAAGAAUUAUAUGGAAAUAAUAACGAUGUUAAAAAUUUAAUUGAUUAUUAUAAUGAUAAUUUUAUCGACUUUAAAACAAUGCCAAUGAAAAGAUAUUGUUGGAGUGGGAAAAAAUUAGACAAAAAUACAGACAAAGCAACAAACAAAAUUCCAAAUAUGUUAUCACCUCUAGAUGCUAAUGCAGAUAUAAAGAAGCAUAAUUAUUAUAUUAAUUUAAUUGGGGAUAAAAAAAAUAAAACACUCCUAAAAAAUAAUAAAGGAAAAAAGAAACAAACUAAUAAUCUAAAAGGGGUAAUAGAUAAUACACCUGUUAAAAAAAUAAAAGAAAAUAGUUUAUUUAAUAUGUAUAGUAAUAGAGAUAUAAUAUUAAAAAAUUUUGAUUGGUCUGAUGAAAAUGAUGUAAAAAAAAGAUUCAAUGGUAUUAGCGUAAGAAUUUUCGAUGAAGCUAUUGAUCAAAAAGAUUGUGGUUCAUGCUAUGCUAAUUCCGCUUCACGUGUAAUUAAUAGUAGAAUAAGAAUAAAAUAUAAUUAUAUAAAAAAAAUUGAUUCGUUGUCCUUUAGUAAUGAGCAACUUCUUAUAUGUGACUUUUUUAAUCAAGGUUGUAAUGGUGGGUAUAUAUAUCUUUCUUUAAAAUAUGCUUAUGAAAAUUAUUUAUAUACAAAUAAAUGUUUUGAAAAAUAUGAGAAUUUAUAUAUAAACAAAGAUGAUAAAAAUAACUCUUUGUGUGAUCGCUUUGAUACCUUUAAAAUAUUUUUAAAAAAAAAGGAAAACGAACAAAUAUAUAUUAAUAAUUAUCCUGAAGGAAUGGAACAAAAAAAUGCAAAUACUAGAAUGUAUAAUAAUAUUGGAAAUGCUCAUGAUAAUUCCGAUAAUAGAAACGAUGGUAAUACUCAUGAAAACUUGAUAAAAGAUGAGAAUAUUAAUUAUGCAUAUAAAUCAGUUGAUUCUGAUGAACAAGGAAAAGGUAAUAUAUCAGAUGAUUAUCUAAAUGAUGAUUAUAUAUUAGUAGAUAAAAAUAUGUACGAAAGAGAAAAAUUAAAAUUAGAUGAACUAGACAGUUGUGAUACAAAAGUUAAGGUGACAAAAUAUGAAUACCUUGAUAUAGAAAAUGAAGAAGAUUUAAAAAAAUAUAUUUAUUAUAAUGGGCCUGUAGCAGCAGCAAUUGAACCAUCAAAAAGCUUUAUUAAAUAUAAAAAAGGUAUACUAACUGGAAAUUUUAUAAAAAUGCAAGACGGUAAUAAAUCAAAUGCAUAUAUAUGGAAUAAAGUAGAUCAUGCUGUUGUUAUAGUUGGAUGGGGUGAAGACACUAUAGAAAAUUUAAUAAAAAAAAAAACUCAUUCUUAUGAUGAAUAUAAAUCAAAAAAUGACGAUGAUUUAGAUGAAGACAUAUAUGAUGAACAUAUUAAUAGUUAUAUAAAACAUACUAAAGAAAAAAAUAAAGUUGUAAAAUAUUGGAAAAUUUUAAAUAGUUGGGGAACAAAUUGGGGAUAUAAUGGCUACUUUUACAUACUAAGAGAUGAAAACUAUUUUAAUAUACGAUCGUAUCUUUUGAUAUGUGAUGUUAAUUUAUUUGUUAAGAAUAAAAAUGCUAAAUUAUAA